AUGCGCGCCCUGCCCGCCCUGGACGCACCCGCCAGCUCGCGGGCCCCCGGCCCGCAGGCCGAGGCGGCGGCCCGGAGCCCGCGGCCGGGGCGCAGGAGCGCGGCGGAGAGGCUGGCGGCCGACCGCGCCAGGUACGUCCGCGGCCCCGCUCCGGAGGGCGGCGGCUCGGGGGCACCCGCAGGGCAGCCUCGCGCCCCGGCGCCCCCGGCCCGCGCCCCGGCUCCAGUAGCGCGGAGGGCGAUCGCGAGGAAGCCGCUGAGGCCCGACUCGCUGGUCAUCUACCGGCAGAAAUGCGAGUUCGUCCGCGGGCCGGGCGCAGAGGGCUCCCGGGGCGGGCUGGUGAAGAAGCUCUUCCAGGGACCCGGCAAGGACAAGGUGCCCGAGGUGACCGGGGAAGACAAGGCCGGGGAGGCGGAGGCCGCACGGACCAAGCCCGACCCGGUGGCGGCCACUCCCCCGGCCCGUAAGGAGCCCCGGGUCCCCGCCGCGGUGGCCCCGGCGCCCCAGGCUCCGCUGUCGGCGGCGGCGGCCCCCGAAGUCCCGGCAGCCGGCGGGCAGCUGCAGGUGGUGCGUCGCCGAGGGCUGCAGCGCUCGCAGUCAGACCUCAGCUCCCGCUACUCCGUGGCCAAGGCCGACUUGGACACCUUCUUUCGGUAUUGUGGUCUGGACCCCGAGGUGGUGGAGGCUCUCGGGAGGGAGAACUUCUCUGCGGGAUCCGACCGCGUGGCACUCAAGGUGCGCAGCGUGAGCGUGGCUACCUCCGACAGCGGCUUCUCCCGGCACAGCGAGGACGGGCUGCAGGAGGAGGAGCUCCUGGAGCAGGUGCCCAGCACCACCUCGGUGGUAGAGAGGAACGCUCGCAUCAUCAAGUGGCUGUACACCUGCAAGAAGGCCAAGGAGACACCCAGCCAGGGGCUGCAGGGACCUGCUUGACUGCCUGUGCCAGGGAGACCAGUACCCCAAGGAAAUGAACUUUCCUGAUGACAAAGGGACUACUGAAGCUAUGGGUGAUUGAGACCCCGAGGCCAUGUGCCCAGCGCACCCAAAUGACACAUGAUUGCUGCUUUUCCAGGAAGAAAACAGCCAGCUGCAAGGCUUACAGAACUUCAGCAGGUGUGAAGUGUUGGAAUAAGAUGGGGAUGAGGAGGCAGACCCCUAACUCUGCUGACAGUGGAACCUUUAAGAAACAGUCUCUUUGUCAGAGAGCCUUUCACAGGGCUGCUACUUGGAAAUACUGUCUGAGAGAAAUUCUCUGAUGCACAUUGAUAAUGUGUAAACUGCCUUUUUUUUUUUUAAGAAAGGAAGAAAAGAAUGCAAUCAAGCAUGAAUGCAAUAGCAUUCUCUCCUUUUGCGUAAUAUACACCACAUACAUUGGGAAGUACAAAGAGGUGUGUGCUGUGACUAACAAGGAGACACACGUGCUCAGCUCACAGACAAGUUUCCAAGCCUAACUACAAGUACAAUGCAGUCGUUCCAAAACUGCACACUGACCUUCUCAAGGACUCAUCACAUUUAAGAACACUUGAGAACGACAAGGUCAUUCUGCUGCUGCCACUUUCUGUGGGGCUGCAGGCAUAUGGAAGUGCCCCUUGAAAGAUUUGUGAGAAUGGAGAUCCAGUUAAAUGAAGCCCUUUGCUUUACACUAUGUGGUUUCUGAAGAAUCAGACGAGACUCUGGGCAUCCUUCUGUCAGUUCUUGAGCAGCUUUCCCAUCAGAGUGCCCUUCAUAGUGCCCUCAUCUCGCCUUCCAAAGGGGUGGCUACCUUGUUCACACAGCAUGUACGUGUGCAGAGGAGAAGCCCUUUCCUGGCCUAAGGUCUGGUUCUGCUUCACACAGCACUGAUCUAGCACAGAUAUACUCUUUGUGGAGGGGUUGUUUUGAAGCAAGGGCUGCUCUCGAGUUUGAGAGACUCUGGGAUCUGGAUGUGGAUAACUAGGUACUGAGAACUUGCUUCUGAACUUGACUGAAAACCCUCAGGAAGAAGAUUUUCACAUUCAGAACCUCUUGAGAGAAAUUUUGUGGAUGAUAACCCAAAGAAAAUUUGUCACCCAGUCAACUAUUUCAAUGCUUACCAAAAUCUGUCUCUUUAAGAAAAAUCAUAUGAGAGCAGUAUAUGAGAAGAAAUGCGUUUCUCUAUGGUAAUAUUUUAUAAACCAUUCCAUGUUAAAAUACUCAUGCAUCCAUUUGAACAUGUAUUCUGUGUUUGUAAUAUUUUACAGUGUGAAUAGGACUUGGAGCUACAUAAAUGUUUUUAUGGUUUCUGGUCAUCAGAUGGUUUAUUUUAUAGCUACCCUUUUAUCAGUUCAGUUUUAAACCAUUUUCUCCUUUGUCA